CUCGGCCCGGAUGGGGGGCUGUCCGACCCCUCCGUCCGCGGCCCGCUUCGACUGCGAGGCUUUGCCUUUUAACUCCUCGGCAACCCCGGGGGUUAGAAGGCUUCCGGCCGGAGGCCGUUAGAGAGCACACCCGGAAGGCGGAAGUCGAGGGGCGGAAGUGGCCCAGAGGAGACGAGGAUGGCGGCCGAGCGCUGGUUUUGGCGCUGGGGCUGGGGCCCGCGGUGCCCGGGGAGGCCUGGGCUUCCUGGCCCCGGCCCCGGCCCCGGCCCCGCCACACUUCUCCAUUUCCUUCUGUUGCUCGGGUCGGUGGCUGCCGACAUAACCGACGGCAACAGUGAGCACCUGAAGCGCGAGCAUUCGCUCAUCAAACCCUACCAGGGAGUGGGCUCCAGCUCCAUGCCACUCUGGGACUUCCAAGGCAGCACCAUGCUCACCAGCCAGUAUGUGCGACUGACCCCCGACGAGCGCAGCAAAGAGGGCUCCAUUUGGAAUCACCAGCCUUGCUUCCUCAAGGACUGGGAGAUGCACGUCCACUUCAAAGUCCACGGCACUGGCAAGAAGAAUCUCCACGGAGACGGCAUCGCCCUGUGGUAUACCCGCGACCGCCUGGUGCCAGGGCCUGUGUUUGGAAGCAAAGACAACUUCCAUGGCCUAGCCGUCUUCCUGGACACGUACCCCAAUGACGAGACCACCGAGCGCGUGUUCCCGUACGUGUCGGUGAUGGUGAACAAUGGCUCCCUGUCCUACGACCACAGCAAGGAUGGCCGCUGGACCGAGCUGGCGGGCUGCACCGCCGACUUCCGCAAUCGGGACCACGACACCUUCCUGGCCGUGCGCUACUCGAGGGGCCGCCUGACGGUGAUGACGGACUUGGAGGACAGGAACGAGUGGAAGAACUGCAUCGACCUCACGGGCGUGCGCCUGCCCACCGGCUAUUACUUCGGCGCCUCCGCGGGCACCGGCGACCUGUCUGACAACCAUGACAUCAUCUCCAUCAAGCUGUUCCAGCUCAUGGUGGAGCACACACCUGACGAGGAAAACAUUGACUGGACCAAGAUCGAGCCAGGUGUCAACUUCCUGAAGUCACCGAAAGACAAUGUGGACGACCCCACGGGGAACUUCCGCGGCGGGCCGCUGACGGGGUGGCGGGUGUUCCUGCUGCUGCUGUGCGCGCUGCUGGGCAUCAUCGUGUGCGCCGUGGUGGGCGCCGUGGUGUUCCAGAAGCGCCAGGAGCGGAACAAGCGCUUCUACUGAGCGGCCGCGCGCAUGCGCACGCGCCCGUGCCACCCAGGGCCUCCCCGGGCCUCCCCGAGCCCGCGCAUGCGCGCCGUCCGGGCCUCCCCUGGCUGCCCAGGGCCUCCCCUGGCUGCCCAGGGCCUCCCCGGGCCCGCGCAUGCGCGCUGCCCAGGGCCUCCCCUGGCUGCCCAGGGCCUCCUCAGGCCCGCGCAUGCGCGCCGCCCAGGGCCUCCCCGGGCCCACGCGCGAAUGUGAACUUUUUUUUUUUUUUUUUUUAAACUGGGAUUGUAAAAAGAAAACAGAACCAAGAAGACCUUAUUUCUUAGCCGUUUCAAAGAAAUGAUUAAAGUAUUUUCGUACA